AUGAUAGUAUCAUUACUAUUUAUGGGGAUUUUUAUACAAAUUUAUAGCGAAGAUACAUUUGAUUGUACAGGUUAUGAAGAUGAUUCAUUUCAUCCCAUGUAUAAUGCUGAUAAUUGUCGAUAUUAUUGGCAUUGUAUAUAUGUUGAUACAGUUUAUAUGCGAGCCAUAAAACGCAGUUGUCCAGCUGGAACUGAGUUUAAUAAUGAAUUAAAAGAAUGUGAAAUACCGAGUUCAGUGAACUGUAUAAAACAUAAUUUCUCUUAUAUACCACAAAAAAAAUCGAUAACAACACAGGAAACUCUCAUUGUUGAUACUGAUAUAACAACAAUCACAAUCUCACAAUCAUUUCAAGUAUUACCCAACACUAUAUCUCCAUUACCUUCCAUAUUGUUAAUUGAACAAUUUUUAAAAAACUUAAUAGCUCGACAACAAAAGUCUACAACCAAUGAAAUUUCUCAAUCGACUCUAGUUCCGACAACAACAACAUCAGAAUAUCCACGAAAACAUCUUAAUCGUCAUCGUAAUAAUCUCAUAUUAAAUAUUUUAACAAGUCAUGAACAUAAAAUUCGACGAUUUUCGAUUAAUCAAACAAAUGGUAUACUUAUUCAUUGCAAUGAAAUUCGACGUCGUCGAUUACGUGAAUUAAUUUUUCGUACAACAACAACAACAAUAAAACUUCCUACUUCUUCAUCAAAAAUUUGUUAUAAUAAUAAUAAAAGAUUUUUUAUAAUAUUUAUAACUUUUUUCUUAUUUUUACAAAAAUAA